AUGGGAUCCAGAGCCAAAGGGGGUCCCCCUGCCGUGUUUGAUUGGUUCUUCGAAGCUGCCUGCCCUGCCUCCCUGCAGGAGGAUCCCCCCAUCCUGCGACAGUUCCCCCCAGACUUCAGGGACCAGGAAGCUAUGCAGAUGGUGCCUAAAUUCUGCUUCCCUUUUGAUGUGGAAAGGGAGCCCCCCAGCCCUGCUGUACAGCAUUUCACCUUCGCCCUCACGGACCUGGCAGGCAACCGCAGAUUUGGUUUCUGCCGCUUGCGGGCUGGUGCCCAGAGCUGCCUCUGCAUCCUCAGCCACCUGCCAUGGUUUGAGGUGUUCUACAAGCUACUGAACACAGUAGGGGACCUCCUGGCCCAGGACCAAGUCUCGGAGGCUGAGGAACUUCUUCUAAAUCUGCUUCAGCAGCCCCUGCCUGAGCCCCAGGCCUCGGCGGGGCGGGAGCUGGACAGCGGAGUGACGAUCUCCAGAGCGCACGGUACCCAGCCCCCUACCCCAGGGAAUAGCAAGCCGCUUUCCUGCUUCGUGGCCCCCGACAGCGGCCGCCUGCCGUCCAUCCCUGAGAACAGGAACCUAACGGAACUGGUGGUGGCUGUGACCGACGAGAACAUGGUGGCGCUGUUCUCCGCGCUCCUGGCCGAGCGAAGAGUCCUGCUCACUGCCAGCAAGCUCAGCACCCUGACAUCGUGCGUCCACGCGUCCUGCGCCCUCCUGUACCCCAUGCGCUGGGAGCACGUGCUGAUCCCCACGCUUCCCCCGCACCUCCUGGACUACUGCUGCGCUCCCAUGCCCUACCUCAUUGGAGUCCACACCAGUCUGGUCGAGAGAGUGAGGGACAAAGCCCUGGAGGACGUCGUGGUGAUGAACGUGGACUCAAACACAUUAGAGACGCCCUUCGACGAUGUGCAGGCGCUGCCCCCAGACGUGGUGUCCCUGCUGAGGCUGCGGCUAAGGAAGGUGGCGCUGGUCCCCGGGGAAGGUGUCUCCCGUCUGUUCCUCAAAGCCCAGGCUCUGCUCUUCGGGGGAUACCGCGACGCGCUCGUCUGCAGCCCGGGCCAGCCCAUAACCUUCAAUGAAGAAGCCUUCUUGGCCCAGAAGCCUGGGGCGCCCCUGCAGGCCUUCCACCGGCGGGCCGUGCACCUGCAGCUGUUCAAACAGUUCAUUGAAGCCCGACUAGAGAAGCUCAACACAGGGGAGGGCUUCUCGGAUCACUUUGAGCAGGAGAUCACCUGCUGUGGGGCUUCGUCAGGCACCCUUCGCUCCUACCAGCUCUGGGCAGACAACCUAAAGAAAGGUGGUGGUGCCCUCCUGCAUUCGGUCAAGGCCAAGACUCAACCGGCCGUCAGGAACAUGUACCGCUCGGCCAAGAGUGGCUUGAAGGGCAUGCAGAGUCUGCUGACACACAAGGAGGGGGACUCUGGCCUCCAAAGGGGGGGCUCCCUGAGAAUCCCAGCCUUCACCAGCCGCUCAGAUCGCCUGCAACAGCGCCUGCCUAUCACUCAGCACUUUGGACAGAACCGGCCCCUUCGCCCCAACAGGAGACUCCAACUGGAAGAGCAAACUUCUGAGCCCCCAGGAGAGGGGACACCCCCUCUGAGCCCUGAGGAUGCCCAGAGCCCGUGGGCAGAAGAUCUGGACAGCACUUUCUUGGGGUCUGGAGAGGAACUGGAUUUGUUGAGUGAGAUUCUGGAUAGUCUGAGCAUGGGAGCCAAGAACAUAGGCAGCCUGAGGCCAAGCCAGAGCUUAGACUGCUGUCACAGAGGAGACCUGAACAGCUGCUUCAGUCUGCCCAACAUACCAGGAAGAGUGAGAUGGCAACGAGAAGAUGAGAAACUGCCAGAGCCCCAGCCCCUUUCUCUGCCUGCGGACCUGCUGUCCCUGCAAACUGCCCAGUCUUUGGAUGUCACAAGCUCUUCAAAGAACCCCCAUCUCCAGCUGCCAUCAGAGGCUGACCAGGAAAUCAUCCCUCCAUCUCUCCAGUCUUCAACAACUUCUGCAGACCCAAGCAGCCAAGGGGACCCUGAACCUUCUCCUCCCACAGAGGCCUUAAUUCUUCAUCUCUCUCCUCCCCACAAGGCAGUAGAAGAUUCUAGAACCCAGGAGAGCCCCUGCUCUAGGCUCUCCACAGUGCCCACCCAGCCCAGCCCUCCAGAAAGCCCCCAACUUCUGGCCCCCAAAUUUGAUAUUGCCUGGAUGUCCCAUCCCCUUGAUGAUUCCUUGGUCCCCAUUUCUCUGGAGAACCCAAGAGCUCAACCUCCUGAGGUCCUGCAAGCAGAGCACAUUCUCCUUCAGUCCCUAGAAGAGCCAGGAGCCCCCAAAUCCUCUACUGCACCCACCAGCAACUGGCAAGAGCCCCAGGCUAGCAGCUGGCCAAGAGUUCCUGAUCUUAAGAAGUAUUUUGAAGGUUAA